CACGCAUUUCAUCCUAAACCUAGCCGUUCUCAAUGUGUCUCGCCAUCGCCAUCAAAUUUGUCUAGACGUCGAAAAGCUCGUUCCCCAAUCGCUAUCUCUCUCACUCACUCUUCCAUUUCUGUCUUUCUAUCUGACUCAAAAAUCUGCGAACUCUCUCAUAAUUCUCUGCAAUUUCAGUUUUCCUUUCUCUUUCUUUCUUACAGAGAAAACCCCAACCCUUCGAAAUUGCUUGCAUUAAUUACAGGGCAGAAGAGAAGGGCACAGAGGCCUGCAAAAUCUCUUAUCAAUCUCUGCAGUUGUUUGCAUUUAAACUGACCAAACAAAGGCCAACAAAAUGAAGAAAAGAAACCAAGCAAGCUAUUCCAUGGAUGACAAGGACCAUAAGUGGGAUUUUAGACAGAUUAUGAAAGACAUCGAGUUAUUUGGUGCCUCUCAUAUGACAUGGAAAGAGAGGAAGGAGAGAGAGAACCGGAAGGUAGUCUCCCUUGGUGGGAAGCCUCUGAAGAAACAGAGACUACCAUUGAGUGUAGCACGCCCACGAAUGAAGAAACAAAAGGAAAGAGAAGAGAAAAUGCUUCAAGAGAAUCUGAUUCUUGGGAGAUUUGGAGGUAAGCUAGGCAGUGGUGCUAAAAGAUCAGCAGAGAAGCGCAAACCAGAGGACAGGGUGCUGAGGUCAAGUGAAGGUUAUUUCAGAAAUGGUGUCCUUGAUGUGAAGCAUAUGGUACACCAAGCUCCAUAUAAAAAUAAUGAUUCUACUGAUCAAAUGGCCAGUAAAGGGAAGAAGAAGAAGAAGAAGAAGAAAGGAUUUGGAAAUAAAAACCGGGGAAAGAACAAAGGUGGUGGUAGGAAGCGUCAUUGAACAGAACGUAUAUGGUGCUAGUAAUUUUGCCAAGAGGGUGGAUAGGAUUGAACUACUUUUUAUGGGAUUUUCAACUAAUGAUCUCUUGUUGCUUAUGCUCUUCACCUUUGCUUGAUUUAGUUUCAGUUCAAACUAGUUAAGAUCAGCACUCUGGCUUGUUUUUUUCAUACAUUUUAAAAAUUGUACACUAUGUAUUUCUUGUUAGUAACUCGCCCCUGCAUGUGCUCAUUGGCGGAGAAGCUAAGGAAUUAACGUUUUAGUUAAAUGAUA